AUGGAUGACAAGCCCAGUCCUGGAGCCGUAACAUCAGAAAAGUCACUAGAACUUGUUAUGAACGUGUUCCAAAGGCUUAAAGUCCCAGUUCAUCACACGUGGGGAAAUCAUGAAUUCUAUAACUUCAGCAGAGACUAUUUAACAAACUCUAAACUGAACACAAAGUUUCUAGAAGACCAGAUUGAACACCAUCCAGAAACUGUGCCUACGGGGAGUUUUUACGCUUACCAUUUUGUUCCAUUCCCUAAAUUCCGGUUCAUUUUACUCGAUUCUUAUGACUUGAGUGUCUUGGGCGUGGACCAGUCCUCUCCAAAAUACCAGCAGUGUCUGAAGAUGCUGAAGGAGCACAAUCCAAAUAUGGAAUUGAAUAGUCCUCAAGGACUUUCUGAGCCUCAGUUUGUCCAGUUUAAUGGAGGAUUCAGCCAAGAACAACUGAACUGGUUGAAUGAAGUCCUUACAUUCUCUGACACAAACCAAGAAAAGGUGGUGAUCGUGAGUCAUCUUCCCAUUUACCCAGAGGCCUCUGACUCUGUGUGCCUGGCCUGGAAUUACAGAGACGCCCUCGCAGUCAUUUGGUCUCAUGAGUGUGUGGUGUGUUUCUUCGCCGGUCACACCCACGACGGUGGCUACUCUGAGGAUCCUUUUGGUGUGCACCACAUCAACGUGGAAGGAGUCAUUGAAACAGCUCCGGACAGCCAGGCUUUUGGCACGAUUUAUGUCUAUCCCGACAAAAUGAUGUUGAAAGGGAGCGGCCGAGUUACAGACAGAAUUAUGAAUUACAGGAAGGAAAAACCUUUUCCACUUUUAGUCUGAUUUAUUUUAUCCAUAUAGAAAGAGGAGACUUAGCUUCAUGUUUGUGCUCCGUUACCCCACCCCUAACUCCUCUGUCUCAUUGGUUAGUAUUCUGUUGGUGUAACAAAAUGUAUUUAUGGCUUCAGUGUGUUUUGCUCAUAAGACAUUCUGAAGUCAUUUUGGAAUGUAUAUCCAGUGCUAAAAAUUGGAAAGAAAAAUCAAAGUGCCAUGAAUGAACCAGGGAGGAGACCGGGCAGGGUCGGGUGGGGUAUAGUCCUCAAAACAGACGUUAUUUUAGCCUUACCUGAGACUUUCAAAAAAUUUUUUACGAGAAUAUGCUCAUUUACUAGCUGUGUAACUUA